CCCCCACCCAACAAUCCAUGAGAGAUAGAGAGAUAUGUGGUGUUUUUUUGUGUUUAAAUAGCGAAAAUUUCGCAUACUUUUGAAUAUUCAAAAAGUUAUCAAAGGGAGAGUGUACUUUGACAUAGGUAUACAAGAAGUCUAAUGGGUGAAGAAGAGAAGAAAGAAGAAGAGAAGAAGGUAGAUGAAAAAGAGGAGAAGAAGAAAGAAGAAGAGGUUCCUCAAGAAGUUGUGUUGAGGGUUGAUAUGCAUUGUGGGGCUUGUGCUAGAAAAGUUGCAAGAUCCUUGAAAGGAUUCCAAGGUGUCGAAGAAGUAACCACGGAUUGCAAAGCCAGUAAAGUUGUGGUGAAAGGAAAGGAAUUAGACCCUAUUAAAGUUAGCGAAAGGAUUCAAAAGAAAAGCGGUCGGAAAGUUGAGAUCAUAUCUCCAUUACCCAAACCGCCGGAGGCUGAGCCUGAGAAGAAACAAGAACCUGAACCUCCGAAGGAUGAGAAGAAAGACGAGCCUCCUCCGGUCAUAACCGUGGUUCUAAAAAUGUCAAUGCAUUGUGACGCUUGUGCACAAGGUUUACAAAAACGGAUUCGGAAGAUCCCUGGUGUUGAAUCCGUGAAAACAGAAUUAGCAAAGGAACAAGUGGUAGUCACCGGUGUGAUUGAGCCAGAGAAGUUUGUGAACGAUGUAUACAAAAGAACCCGAAAGCAAGCUUCCAUAGUAGGAAAGGCUGAAGAAAAGAAGGAAGAGGAGAAGAAAGAAGAGGAGAAAAAGGAGGAGGAGAAGAAGGAGGAGGAAACCGAAGAAGUAAAGAAUGAAGAGGCCGAUACGAAUACAGAAACCAAAAGGAGUGAAUAUUGGCCACCGAAGUAUUACAUGGAGUAUUCUCAUGCACCGCAAAUGUUCAGUGAUGAGAACCCCCAUGCUUGUUCUGUAAUGUAGCAUCAGAAGAUUGAGUACUAACGGCAGCGUGUUAAGCGUUUUAGCUACCUAGUUAAGUAGUUAUGAUAUGGUAACUACUAAGCAAUACAAUUUUAUGUGUACUAGCUUAGAAUAUUAUAUUGUGUCCUUUAAUAAUGUUUCAACGUAGGGGCCAAUUUAUGACCCUCCUUAUUUAA